AUGGCCUCUAACAACACAUCAACCGAGACAGUAGAUCUGGGUAAAGUCGUCUUCGGUGUCACGGAACCUACCUUCAUUAUGGAGAUGUUCGUGCUGCUAUUUUAUGGCAUUUACACGAUGUUAUUCGGUCUCUACGUAUACCUCCAGAUUCACCAACGAGGACAACAACGUUACUAUCAAAUCUCCCUCCUCUUACUCUAUCUACUGGCAACAAUGGCUGUAGUUGUUUCAAUCUUGAUUGAAAAACAGAUGACCUUGUUUACCCUCGAUUUGACCUUCACCGACGAUCUGAGUGACCCACUUGUGGCUUCGCAUUUCAUAUCAUAUGCCAAUUUGACCGUUGCAGCGGAAGGUAUAUACGUGGCAGCGAAUAUCAUUGCGGAUGCUCUACUGCUAUAUCGUUGUUACGUGGUAUGGGGCUCAAAGAAGUAUGUUAUCGCGGGUCCAAUCGUGAUUUCUCUGGUGAAUACUGUGAUUGCCAUCGUCUCAGCGGCACUUAUAAAAAACAAUGCAGGCCGCUUAUUGAACACAGCUGGAGUUGAGAAUACCUCCCUCCAGGCUGCAGAUAUCAUCUCCUACGCGUUCCUUUCGGUCAACUUGUUCACAAAUCUUAUGCUAACGGGCCUCAUUGCUGGAAGAAUCUGGUGGAUAGCACGCGAUACCCGACGAUCAUUGGGGAUUGAUAACUCUAGUGACAAGAGUAUCGGCGGUAUCGCAGCAAUGGUACUAGAAUCGGGACUAUUGUAUCCUGUUGCUUUGGUUGUAGGACUUGCGCUCACCGUCCCGGGAACGGUGGACGUGCAGGCUAUUCUCACGCUGAUAGUGGGAAUCGCUCCGACGCUGAUAAUGGUUAGGACUGACUUGGGGAUAAGCAUUGAAAAUGCUUCCAAUACAGAUCCAAACGAGACGGUAGGUUUGUACGAUCUGGAGGCCACUGGAUCUGAUCCAUACGGAACGCCCAAGGAAAAGGCAUACAAGAACUUUCCAGAAUUCGAACGACCAGCACAUGGAUAUAAUUGGACUGCUGAUAUGAAAGGAAAGGCGCCUGAAAGAGAUGUUCCAGAGACUGAAGAGCGUUCAAAUGAAAUAACAUCUCUAUCACCUUCAGAUCCUGUGCGCGAUAUCGAUGCCCCUCCUCCUGCCUUUUCAGAAAGUCAAUACGAAGGCACAUCUACCCUUAUCUCUUCGGGACCUCCGGCUCACCGGAACGAGAAACAACCUCAGGGGUUGAUUGUGCUCAAUCCCCCAACAAUGGAUGAAUGA